CCCACGGGAGGAGGACGCAAAUUUGACUGAUAUGUACAAGUAAUUAAAACAUAAAAAAUUUUAAAUAAGUCAAAAUGAAGCUAACAAUAUGUUUAUUAAAUAUAGUUAUAGUGAGUACAGUGAACGCGUACGUACAGAUGGUGGUCCCGGAUGGCAAAAAUGUAUUUGAUUUGGAUCUCUACGAGGGGGUCCUGGAUCCGGAAUUGUGUUCGGAGCAGAUGAGGAUAGUGUCCAACCAUUCGGAGCUUCUGAGUCAGUUUUUGGAUUCUGGCAUCCGAACUCCCAGAGGCAUCCUGAAAGGUAACCUUGUUGACAUGGGAAACUACCACCAAUGUCUGGAGAUAAAUGAAAUGGUACAAAACAGACAAAUAGAAGGAAAGUACUGUACAAUAUCAGUACCAUUAGACCAACAUAUAGACUGGCCUUCUUUCCCGGAUUGGGAGAUUCCUUGGCCUAAUAUAACUCUGCCUGAAAAUACAACAUGGCCUGAACUCCCGUGGCCCGAAAUAAGUUCAGUGAGCAGUCGGCUAAGUGAGCACACUAUUGAGCAGAUUAAGAAAUAUAAAAUACUGAGGACUGAGUUCCAAAUGAUGGCUGCGAUUUCGCCUAGGUCAGGCGAGGGAACGACGUCUGGUAUGGAAUUCAACUUAGCCUUAUGUGUACCAAAGGCUUGCACCUCUCGAGAUGCUAUAAACUUGGUUGGAAUUACAGACGAAAUCGGUUUGAAGUACGAAGAAAAUUUCUGUCGACUGCCCAAAGACAAGAAAUGGGUUGCUGGGGACUACACGGCUAUUGUAAUAUUUUCGUUACUCGGCAUUCUAACCCUCGUCAGUACCGGUUACGACAUUCGCCAAACAAUCGUACUUCAACGAGAUCCAAAAUCAGUGAACAAGCUAUACCAGUCGUUCUCCGUGUACACGAACACACGAAGACUGCUGACGUUCGCGCCUGUGCCGGGAGCCAUCGAGUGUCUGGACGGGGUGCGCGCGUUCGCUAUGAUAUGGGUCAUCAUCGGACACACCUUCGUCAACCAGAUCUCCGGGCUGCACAUGGCUAACCCCAUCGAUUCUUUGAAUUGGAUCAUAUCUUUCAAAUCACUAUGGAUCACGUCUGGCCCUAUCACCGUAGACACAUUUUUCAUGAUCAGCGGUCUCCUCGUUGUGUACUCCACAGCAGGCAAGAUGACAAGAACAAAAUUCGUAAAGAACGUGCACUUGUUCUAUCUAAACCGGCUGCUGCGCCUGUUCCCGGUGCUCGCGGCCGUGAUCCUGCUGCAGGUGUCUCUAUUUAGCCGCAUGACGGACGGGCCCUACUGGCAGGAGGUCGCUCGGCACACGCACAACUGCCGCGUGUAUUGGUGGAGCACCCUGCUCUAUUUCCAGAACUUCUACAACCCUGGCAGUAUGUGCCUCCCUCACUCGUGGUACUUGGCUAUAGACUUCCACAUGUUCCUCCUCUCCCCCCUGAUUCUGUUCUGGGUGGUCAGUGGCAGAAAGAGGGCCGCAUGGGUUGCCAUCCUCACCGGGCUCUUGGCUUUUCUCAUUGGAUCUAGCAUCUACAACUUCGUGAAAAAUUUCCCAUCAGCGUCCAUUACCUUGGCCCGGCCGCAGGACCAGCCUGCCUAUCUACAAUACUACUACGUGAACACGCUGACAAGAGGCUCUCCAUUCUUCGUGGGAAUGAUCUAUGGAUAUAUGCUUCAUAUGUACCGGGGGCAGAAACUGACUAUUUCUAGAGUGAGCGCCUGCAUGUUGUGGGUCUUGGCGCUGGCCAUCAUCGUGGGUAUAGUCUGCAUCACCAACCUCGUCGUGCAGGCGGACUGGGACAACCAGCUCGCCGAUAACCUCAUCAACUCCUACAUGAGGCCGAUCUGGGCUCUAGCCGUUGGGUGGAUUGUGUUUGCUUGUUCUAAAGGAUACGGAGGUCCUGUGAACUGGGUGCUAUGCCUAGGGAUGUGGAAGCUGCUGGGGCGGCUGUCCUAUGCGAUGUACAUCAUCCACUAUCCGCUGAUCUUCGUCGUCAAUGGCACGUACGUCGCGCCGCUUCACUUCUCGGUUGAAUUCUCUCUCCACAAGUUCUGCACAGACUUCGCUAUCGCGGUGUUCUCCGCGUUCGUGGUGACCCUGCUGGUGGACUCCCCGUGCUCCACGCUCAUCAAGAUGGCCAUCGGCGGAGGUCCAAAAAGACCGCCACCAGUGAAGCAGCCUGAAGACCGGUCGGAUGUCAAAAAUAGAGACAUCGAUAUUAUCAUAAGUUCAACUCCAGAAGCUUCGAAUAAAGCAGCUUUAUAGUCGAAUUAUAA